CUUAUGAGAAAGAAUAAUCAACCUUUAAUUUUUUUCUGUUCCAUAUUCAGUGGAACAAGUUCCUGUAGAUCCGUACAACAUCCCCCUGUCCCAGGCUGAAGUUAUACAGGAAGGGAGUGAUGUCACUCUAGUUGCUUGGGGCACUCAGGUUCAUGUGAUCCGAGAGGUAGCUUCCAUGGCUCAGGAAAAGCUGGGAGUGUCCUGUGAAGUCAUUGAUCUGAGGACUAUAAUACCUUGGGAUGUGGAUACAGUUUGCAAGUCUGUGAUCAAAACAGGACGACUGCUCAUCAGUCACGAGGCUCCCUUGACUGGUGGCUUUGCAUCGGAGAUCAGCUCAACAGUUCAGAAAGAAGUUCUACCACAAGGUGACUGCAGCAGAGUCCUGGAACUGCUGCUUGACUACAGUCAGAGUCCUGCGUCCCUUGGAUCCUCUCCGUAUUCGUCAAGGAAGAAUGUUUCCUGAACCUAGAGGCUCCUAUAUCGAGAGUAUGUGGGUAUGACACACCAUUUCCUCACAUUUUUGAGCCAUUCUACAUCCCAGACAAAUGGAAAUGCUAUGAUGCCCUUCGAAAAAUGAUCAACUAUUGACCACAUAAAAAAUUGGAAGAUUAUAUGACUAGAUGAAAUAUUUUUCUGAAUUUUUUGUAUUUCUUCAGACUUCUUCUUUAAAAGAACUUUUAUGAACUGAACCAUCUUGGAUAUUGGGUGAAAAAUUAUAAAUUAGUUAUUGUAUUAACACAUAUAAAUUAAUGAUUUCCAUUAAGAAUGUCUCAGGUUAACUUUUUAAAAUGUUCCACAUGGAAGUCUUAUAAAUUCCAUUUAAUUGUAUCUGUAAAUACUGGGUGUGGGAAAGUAUUCAAUAAAGCAAAAUCAGAUUGUU